AGUUUCCAACAAAAUUCUAAGCUGAUGAUACACCAGAGGAGUCACACAGGAGACAAACCAUAUAAAUGUCCAGAUUGUGGGAAAGGUUUUAACUGGAAUUCUGAGUUGGAAGUACACCAGAGGACUCACACAGGAGAAAAACCAUAUGAGUGCCCGGAUUGUGGGAAAGACUUCCAUAGAAAUUCUGACUAAGUGAUACACCAGAGAACUCACACAGGAGAGAAACCGUAUGAGUGUCUGCAUUGUGGAAAAAGAUUCAGUGAGAAUUCUAGCCUGGUGGUACAUGAGAGAACUCACACAGGAAUAAAACCAUUCAAGUGUCUGGAUUGUUGGAAAAGUUUCAAUCAUAAUUCCUGCCUGGUGAGUCACCAGAGGACUCACACGGGAGAGAAACCAUAUGAAUGUCUGGAUUGUGGGAAAAGUUUCAGGCUUAAUUCCAAGCUGGUAAUACACCAGAGAACUCACAGAGGAGAGAGACUUUAUGAAUGUCUGCAUUGUGGAAAAAGAUUCAGUAAGAAUUUCAGACUGGUGGUACACAACAGAAUUCACACAGGAGAAAAACCAUUCAAGUGUUUGGAUUGUGGGAAAAGUUUCACUUGUUAUUCCUACCUGUUUAGACAUCAGAGAUGUCAUGCAGGAGACAAACCAUAUGAGUGCCCAGAUUGUGGAAAGGAUUAUUUUUGGAAAAGUGACAUGUUGAAACAUCAGUCUACUCACAUAGAAGAGAAAUCAUAUAAAUGUCAUGUUUGUGGGAAGUGUUUCGGUCAGAAUUCCUACCUGGUGACACACCAGAGGAUUCACAUGGAAGGGAAAACAUAUAAGUGUGCAGAUUGUGGGGGACAUUUCAGAAAGAAUUCACAGCUGGUGAUACACCAGAGGACUCACACAGGAGAGAAGCCAUAUGAGUGUCCGGAUUGUGGGAAAGAUCUCAGUAGUAGGACAAGCCUUAUGAAUCAUGUAAGGUUACACACAGGAGAGAAACCAUUCAAGUGUCUGGAUUGUGGAAAAUGUUUCAGUCAUAAUUCCUACCUGAUGAAACACCAGAGAACUCACACAGGAGAGAAACCAUAUGAAUGUCCGGAUUGUGGAAAAGGUUUCAGUCAGAAUUCCCACCUGUCUAGUCACCAGAGGACUCACACGGGAGAAAAACCAUUCAAGUGUCUGGAUUGUGGGAAAAGAUUCAGACAGACUUCUACUCUGGUGGUACACCAGAGAACUCACACAGGAGAGAAACUGUAUGAGUGUCUGCAUUGUGGAAAAAGAUUCAAUGAGAAUUCUAGCCUGGUGGCACAUGAGAGAACUUGCACAGGAAUAAAACCAUUCAAGUGUCUGGACUGUGGGAAAAGUUUCAAUUACAAUUCCCAGCUGGUGAAUCACCAGAGGAUUCACACGGGAGAGAAACCAUAUGAAUGUCUGGAUUGUGGGAAAAGUUUCAGGCUUAAUUCCAAGCUGGUGAUACACCAGAGAACUCACACAGGAGAGAGACCGUAUGAGUGUCUGCAUUGUGGAAAAAGAUUCAGUCAGAAUUUCAGUCUGGUGAUACACAACAGAAUUCACACAGGAGAAAAACCAUUCAAGUGUCUGGAUUGUGGGAAAAGUUUCCGUGAGAAUUCCUCCCUGGUGGGUCACCAGAGAACUCACACAGGAGAGAGACCUUAUGAGUGUCUGCAUUGUGGAAAAAGAUUCAGUCAGAAUUUCAGUCUGGUGAUACACAACAGAAUUCACACAGGAGAAAAACCAUUCAAGGGUCUGGAUUGUGGGAAAAGUUUCCGUGAGAAUUCCUCCCUGGUGGGUCACCAGAGAACUCACACAAGAGAGAGAAAGUAUGAGUGCCCACAGUGUGGAAAGGAUUUCUCUUGGAGAAGUGACAUGGUGAAACAUCAGUCUACUCACAUAGAAGAAAAAUCAUAUAAAUGUCCUGAUUGUGGGAAAUGUUUCAGCCAGAAUUCCUACCUGGUAAAACACCAGAGGACUCACAUAGGAGAGAAGCCGUAUGAGUGUCCGGAUUGUGGGAAAGUUCUCAGUAGUAGGUCUAGCCUUAUAAAUCAUGUAAGGUUACACACAGGAGAGAAACCAUUCAAAUGCCCAGAUUGUGGAAAAUGUUUCACAAAUUAUUCUACCCUUUUCACACACAAGAAAUCACACAGGGAAAAUUUGAUGUAUGUAGAGGAAUGUUGAAUUUCAUUUCUCUAAUUGGAAGCCCAGCUGAGAAACUAAACUUUUAAUUUCUUGCCAUAUUCAUUUUAGUCAAAUGUGUUUUAGUAUCAAACAUGAGGGAGAAGAUCUGAGCUUCCUUUCUCUGGCCCAGUGUGGUCCUUCCCUUCCACACAGUCAAGGGGAACUGCUGUGCUGGGACAGUGAAAGCCAGCUUGCAUCUGUAUUAAGUGUGUUUGCCGCCUUGAGCUAUUUCUACACAUAAAUAUAUUAUUUGUUUAGAAAAUGUAUAUGCCAACCCAGCUCCUGGUGAGUGGGUGGCUUGCAGUAAUAAAACCGUAAUACAGAAACUGAUAAGUUGCAUAUGUUGCAAAAUGGCAACGUUCAAAGCCUCCACCUUUGCCCUCAAAUACAGCGCACCUCUAGCAAGCUUGAUGGCAUUUGGAUGGUCAUGGAAUCCCAAAACGGUAAUUCUUGCUUUUGUUGAAAUUAAAAAUUAACCAGGCCACCUGGCUCUAUUAUGGCCCUCCUUAUGCCAUUCUUGUUCAAAAGUGGUCAUCUUUCUCCUUGCAAAGAGUUAAAUUGGAGAGGUUAACCACAGGAUUAGAUCUUCCUUGCUUUACUGAAGACUAGGAGAUAAUGACAGGUGCCCUGUUUGCUCAGUGGUCAGAAUGCAGUAUUGCUGGCUGACUCUGCCCACAGCCUGGAAUUCGAUCCUGAGGGGGCCUGUGGAAGUUAACUCAGCCCUCCAUCUUUCUGGGAUCGGUAAAAUGAGAACCCAGAUUUUUGGGAGAAUAUGCUGACACUGUAAGCUGAGAGUGCUAUAAAGCACAGUGGGGUGAUGUAUUAAUUCCAAGUGCAAUUGCUACAAUUAAAAAAAAAAGCUUUAAAUGUGAUGACCAGCAUCUUCAGUUGCACCUGUAAAGAAAGAAACUUGCAGCAACUCGCACCACAAUAAUAUGAUAUGGGCAACCUAGAGGCCCUCAUUACUUUGUGCGUUGGGACAUUCUGGACCAGUUAGAAUUUCCGGGUGGUCCAGGGCAGUGAUCCAAACUGGAGGUGACCAAGGCAUGAUUGAGCCCUGUGCAAGGCCUCCCUGGUCUAGGAAAGGACACAGUUGGAGCACCAGAUAAAUCUCUGCAAAGCCCCUCCCCCACCUGUGAUCUUCUCAAGCAGGAGCCAUGAGACCCCAAGUUGUGCACCAGCUCAGUUGACAAAGGAGAUCACAUGACCCCAGGACACUGAAACUCACAAAUAUGAGUCAAUUGCCAAGCGUCAUAAUUUGGUCACGUGACAAGGGGGAUGCUGCAAUGGUUGUAAGUGUGAAAAAUGAUCAUAUGUCACUUUUUUAGCACUGUUCUAAUUUCAAAUUUUCACUAUAUGAAAUGUUAUAAAUCCAGGGCUACCUGUACAUAAUGGGGUAUCAUAGGAUGGAUGUCCUCCCCUAGUGGUUUCAUGUAGAUCAGUGGUUCUCAACCUUUUUAAUGCCGCGACCCCCAACCGGUCGU